GACAUUGCGACUUUGGAGGAGUUGGAGGCAGCCAUCCAGACGUCCGGAACGACCAAACCGCUCGUGCUUCGGUUCCACGCUUCCUGGUGCUCGGCCUGCAAGCGCUUUGCCCCAACGUGGCAACAAACUGUAAACGCUUACGAAGAAUACUUCGACUUUGUCGAUGUGGAUGUGACGGGGAAGAGGGACAUCAUCAUGGCUAUGGGUCUCACAGUGCUUCCUCACUCUCAUUUCUACGUCGGAGGGAGCAAGGUGGAGGACUUCGGCGUCUCGAUUAAGAAACUAAAUGGGCUUCUGGAACGGCUGGAUAAGUAUAAGAAAAUGCAAUGACGGAAGACGGGAAAAUGUGACGAAGAUAUGGAUUCAGAGAGACCAAAUUGUGUAGAUAAUACACUUGAGGAAAGUUUAAGAGCUCAGGACUGGGGCAGAGAGAUAAAAAAGGGGGUGGGGAAGGAGGCCUCGGGGUGACUUGUAUGUCUGAACUGAAGGUCGACCUGUGGGAGAAUUAGAGCGCGCAAGGAUGUUUGAGAAUCAUCACAAAAUGACAUUUCAGUGGCUCGUUAUCCAAGCAAUUUUGGGGAAUCUCAGGGAAGGAUCCGUUUGGUGAAAGGAUAAAUU